AUGGGCACAGCCAAAAAAACCCGCAAAUUCGCCCAAACAAAACGCGUAAUCGGCCAACGAGACGCCCGCCUCAAAAAAAACCAAGAAAAAAACGACCUCCUCCAAGCCUCAAAGAAAGCCAAAGACGACGGCAUAGUCCGCUCAAUCCCCCAAGCCCCGACCUCCCUCUUCUUCACCUACAACACCGCCCUGCGCCCUCCCUACCAGAUCCUCCUAGACACGAACUUCCUCUCCCACACAAUCCAGCAUAAACUCUCCCUCGUACCAUCUCUGAUGGAUUGCCUAUACGCCAGCGUAAAACCGACAAUCACGACCUGCUGUUUAGCCGAAUUAGAGAAGUUGGGCCCCAAAUACCGCCUCGCCCUCCGCAUCGCCAAAGACCCCGCCAUCCAGGUCUUGGAUUGUACGCACAAAGGCACCUACGCGGACGACUGCAUCGUGGACCGGGCGAUGAAGAGCAGGAUUUACAUCGUGGCGACGAACGAUCGGGAUUUGAAGAGGAGGGUGAGGAAGGUGCCGGGGGUGCCGAUUGUGAGUGUGGCGCGGGGACGGUAUGUGGUUGAGAGGUUGGUGGAUGCGCCGGAACGGGAACGGGUGCUAGAUGAGGUUAACGACCUCUGGCCAAUAUACCGAGGGCAAAAUGUCCGAGAAAGCGUCUCAAGGAGAGAUACAAAAGUCGGAAAGAAGCUGCCACACGCACAAUGCUCGAGAGAUGUCUACAUUUUGACUGAGGUGAGGCCGGGAGGCGAAAUAGUCGGCACAGUGGAACGAGCUGAAUUAAAGGCUGUCACGGAAUAG